AUGUCGACGAUUUCUCAAUAUCAUGAGAUUGGGUCGCCAGCCCAGCCCGUCAGCCAGCCGACAGGCAAACCCUCACGCAGAUUUCUUGCUCCAGUGGCCUCUCAUUUAGCACUCGUUGGGUUUCUGGUGAUGCCCUUGGCCUUUGGAGAUGAACCCCAUGUCAAUAAAACAGUCACGGUGAUCGUCGCAUCUAUCUUGAUCGGAAUCGCAUACUCCCUUUCACUCUUCCUGGUCUUAUUACACUUUGAUGAGCGGAUGCACCUGAUUCAAUCGUUACUCGUUCCUUGCUUAAUAUCCAAUGCCCUUGCGCUAUUCAAUGUUCUUAUCAAUAUUCUCUGUCGGGACUUGCUGCCCUUGGGUCUUCUAGAGAUCCUGUGCCUGAGUUUCUCCGCCGCGUUUGCGUUCCUCUACGCCUUGUGCGCACUAUGGUUAUACUCACGCGAUGUCAACGAAGCAGUUGGGAACUCUAACCGGGGAACAAUUCUUCUGACCGACGAAGAGAUGCAGCGACAGCAGCUGCGGCGUCUUUUGGAGCAGAACUCUUCCAGGAAGUCGCUGAGUCCAAGAGCCGUACAAAAGACCUACCGGGUCAACCACCCUGAUCGUCUUAAUUCGUUCCUGCCUCCGCCCAACGAGGAGGGAUACUUUAGCUGA